AGCCAAAACAUGUGGAAAGUGGACCUGAAAUUUCCUAAGUAGAGGAGAGACUGGAAUGCUGCCUUGAUGCUGAAGGGGGCAGAUGAGAUCUCUGCUAGGGGAAUGGGGACUUUUCCUAGGACCGGAAGGAGAUUCUAUUCCCACAGCAGUACAGAGAUUUCCCAUAAUUUCAGGCCUUCAGUAAUUCCGACUUCAAAAGCAAUUUUAUCUGCCUCUCCCAGAUUUCAUUGGUCAUUCAUUCGGUUUGAAUUGGCAACUGCUGGCCUCAGCCCUGUGAAGACCCAGGAGAGGCAGCAGCCAUGAAGAUCCUGUUCCUGCUCUUCCCCCUGAUCCUCCUGUUGGUCCAGGGUGCUGCAGGAUCCUCCUUGGCUCCAACAAAUAAGGAAGAGUGUCGGAAAGAAAAUGGAUACUGUGGAUUUCUGAAGUGCUCUUUCCCCUUUGUCAUCAGUGGAAAAUGUUCCCGAUUCUUCUUUUGCUGCAAAAACAUCUGGGGUUGAGACCCUGAAGUUCCCAAGCAGGACACGACCCUCGCUUCUGGCUCCUGUCCCCGUGUCCGGAUGUCCCCUCCCCUCGCUGCCUGUGCCGUGCCCAGCUGGGGUG